GAAACAUGGAGAGUAUGGUGGUAUUACGUACUUGAGAGAAAGUAAGGAUAAGUAAAAUGACAUGCACAUUAAAUGAUUCCAAAAGCAAAAGUGGGACCAAAGGGGAACCUCCGUGUCUCCGGGCGGACCACGGUUGGGCCCCACCAGAAACGCAGCUAGCCACAAGAUAACUUAACAACUUUUCGGAGCCACUAAAUAGGUGACGCGUGUCACUCAAAAGGAUUCUCUACAACCCCCACUUGCCUCUUCCGUCUUCCUACAGUUACCUCUUCACCACCCUUCGUUCACUGUGCACCCGAAACACAAACCUACGCUCACUCUCACAGUCUCACACACAUGUUGAAGGACGAAGGUUGUAACGCUGAUGCCGCCGCCGGUGGAGGCGGUGGUUGGGCUCGUGUUUGCGACACGUGUAGGUCGGCGGCAUGCACUAUUUACUGCAGAGCGGACUCCGCCUACCUGUGCGCUGGCUGCGACGCCCGCAUACACGCCGCCAACAGGGUGGCGUCGCAGCACGAGCGGGUCUGGGUGUGCGAGUCGUGCGAGCGCGCUCCGGCGGCGUUCGUCUGCAAGGCGGACGCGGCGUCGCUCUGCGCCACCUGCGACGCUGACAUCCACUCCGCUAAUCCUCUGGCCCGCCGACACCACCGCGUGCCGGUUCUCCCCAUCGCCGGCUGCCUCUACGGGCCUCCCGCCACCGACCCCGGAGGCACCGUGGUGAGGUCUGCCGCGGAGGCCGACAACGGCUUCCUGGGCCAAGAGGCUGAGGAGACCAUAGAUGAGGAAGACGAAGACGAGGCAGCUUCGUGGCUGUUGCUGAACCCAGUGAAGAAUAACAACGGAAGCAGCAACAACCAGAACAAUGGAUUGUUGUUCGGUGGGGAGGUGGAUGAGUAUCUGGACCUAGUGGAGUACAAUUCAUGCCCUGAGAAUCAGUUCAGUGAUCAGUAUAAUCAGCAGCAGCCGCCGCCGCAUUACAGCGUUCCGCACAAGAAUUAUGGGGGAGACCGUGUCGUGCCAGUUCAGUGCGGGGAAGCAAAGGGGCAGCUACACCAGCAGCAUCAGCAGCAGGGUUUUCAUCUGGGGAUGGAGUAUGAGUCCUCGAAAGCUGCCUACAGCUACAACCCUUCAAUUAGCCACAGCGUCUCUGUGUCAUCAAUGGAUGUUGGCGUCGUGCCAGAAGCAACAACUAUGAGUGAUAUCUCAAUCUCAAUCUCGCAUCCGAGACCUCCCAAGGGAACAAUCGACCUUUUCUCAGGCCCUCCAAUUCAGAUGCCAACCCAGCUGACUCCAAUGGAUAGGGAGGCAAGGGUCCUGAGGUACAGAGAGAAAAAGAAGACAAGGAAGUUUGAGAAGACAAUCAGGUAUGCAUCAAGGAAAGCAUAUGCAGAGACAAGACCCCGGAUCAAGGGCAGGUUUGCCAAGAGGACAGAUGUAGAAGUUGAAGUGGAUCAGAUGUUCUCUACGACAUUAAUGGCGGAAAGCGGAUAUGGCAUUGUCCCGUCAUUCUAAAUCCAGUAUCAAGGAGAGAAAGAAUUGUAUGAGUUUGUUACUAAAGACUCAACCACUAAUACUGUAUCUUUCUCGAUGUAAUGGGUUUGAAUUAAUGAGAAAUGUGCCUAGUAAUUUUGUAAGUUUUCAUUGUCAACUCUGUUUCUUUUUGUAAAUAUGCAUGUACAAAAAUUCAAUUUUGAAACUCAGCUUCUCAUUACUCA